AUGGAUAGAAAGGAAAAGAUUGCCUUCACAUUUGGACUCAUGAUAGCCGUAUGUAUCCAGAUGUUUGGUCACGUGUCAGGGGGUCACAUGAAUCCUGCAGUUUCUAUCGCGAUGGCGGUUGCAAUGGAGAUCACACCUUCACGUGCUCUACUGUAUACUAUAGCACAGUGCGCAGGUGGCAUAUUAGGAUCGCUUCUAUUAAAAGGGGUGACACCGCCCAGAUUACAUGGAAACCUUGGUCUGACAUCAUUGAACAAUGAAAUCUCAGAAGGUCAAGGACUUGUGUGUGAGAUAGUUUUCACAUUCAUCCUAGUAAUGUCCAUAUUUGGAACAAAUGAUCCGAAUAGAGCAUUGUUUGGAAGUCCUGCUCUUGGUAUAGGCUUCACAGUUGGCGUUGUACAUCUGGCAGCUAUUCCUUUCACUGGAGCUGGUAUUAAUCCAGCACGUUCAUUGGCUUCUUCUGCAAUAUCAACUGCAGACAACUCAUUCAAUAAUCACUGGGUAUAUUGGGUAGGACCAAUCCUCGGUGGAGUGGUAGCAGCUAUUGGUACAAGUACUGUUUUAGUCCAUACAGGGGGAAAGUUGACAAUCAACGAAGCUACAAACAAAAUGAUGGAAUCAAGUGAUAUGGUUGUUAUUCCAAGAACAUACUUCAAAGGUUAUUUGAACUUGGAAAAUGGAGAAAAGAUAUAUCAAUCUUAUCACUUUUAG